UCAAAAUAGAGUAAAGAUCCAAAGCUUCACCGGGUGAUUAACACAAAAGUGAUUAUGUCUGCUCUUAUCAUUCAAAUCCCACAUUGUAACACCCUCCCUAUCUUACGCUCCUGGAUUUAUCCCUUAUAAGGAACCACAGAGGGAUAUAUAAACACACCUGAUGCACCUUUGCAAAUAAAGAGCAGAUCCAACACAGCAGAUCGCAUCCUCUUCCAGGUCUGGAUCACUGGUAGGCAAAAAUGAAUGGCACUGAGGGAAACAACUUCUACAUCCCCAUGUCCAACAGGACAGGGCUAGCGAGGAGUCCUUACGAGUAUCCGCAGUAUUAUCUUGCUGAGCCGUGGCAGUUUAAAAUCCUUGCAGUGUACAUGUUCUUCCUCAUCUGCUUGGGUUUUCCCAUCAAUGGCCUUACAUUGUUGGUUACAGCUCAACACAAAAAGCUCAGGCAACCUCUCAACUUCAUUUUGGUCAACCUGGCUGUGGCUGGUACCAUCAUGGUUUGUUUUGGAUUCACGGUCACUUUCUACACAGCAAUUAACGGCUACUUUGUUCUGGGUCCAACUGCCUGCGCCGUUGAGGGCUUCAUGGCCACACUUGGAGGACAAGUUGCUCUUUGGUCACUUGUGGUGCUGGCCAUUGAAAGAUACAUUGUGGUUUGCAAGCCAAUGGGUAGUUUCAAAUUCUCAACCACCCACGCUUUGUCAGGAAUUGGAUUUACAUGGGUAAUGGCCAUGUCAUGCGCGGCUCCCCCUCUGGUUGGCUGGUCCAGAUAUAUUCCUGAGGGAAUGCAGUGUUCAUGUGGACCAGACUACUACACUCUGAACCCUGAAUACAACAAUGAAUCAUAUGUUGUUUACAUGUUCACCUGCCAUUUUAUAUGUCCGGUCACCAUAAUCUUCUUCACCUAUGGGCGACUUGUUUGCACCGUCAAGGCGGCUGCAGCUCAACAGCAGGACUCAGCAUCCACCCAGAAGGCUGAGAGAGAAGUGACAAAAAUGGUCAUCCUGAUGGUUUUGGGUUUCCUGGUGGCUUGGACCCCUUAUGCCACUGUUGCUGCUUGGAUUUUCAUGAAUAGGGGAGCUGCUUUCAGUGCCCAGUUCAUGGCUGUUCCUGCCUUUUUCUCGAAGAGCUCAUCCAUAUUUAAUCCUAUAAUUUAUGUGCUGCUAAACAAACAGUUCAGGAACUGCAUGCUGACCACUAUUUUCUGUGGAAAGAAUCCUCUUGGCGAUGACGAGUCCUCAACUGUAUCCACCAGCAAGACGGAGGUGUCCUCUGUAUCUCCAGCAUAGACUU